ACGUUCCAGCGGGAGGGUGGGGUGAAGAUCAUGAAAUAGGAGUGUGUGGGUUUUUUGGUGGUUUAUUUUUUCCCCCGGGCGGUGAACAAUCCCGAUCGGAGGGAGAGAUCCCGCAGAGCAGCUUGGAUUUUGAAAGGCAAUUCGCGAUGGUGCCGUCGCGGUGCGUGAAAAGCGAGUACAUGAAGUGCUUUAAAGAGCCGAAAUGGGAGGCGUGCGGCCCCUGUUACCAGGAGUUACUGCGCUACCGCCUGAGUCGACGCCUCUUGGAACAGGCGCAUCGGCCUUGGUUUUGGGACGAUUGGGAGCAGGACAUCAGCCUGAACGGAAGCAGCGGCAGCGGCAGCUCCCAAUCGUCCCAGGGCACUUCCAGCCCUUUAGUUGUCCGGCAGCCGGAGGAAGAAGCGGCGCAUCCUGCCGGGGAAAUCGAAAUCCCCGGCGGCGAUCUGGGUCUCAACAGGAUCAGCGCGGCCGGAGAGGCUUCCAGUCCGGCGCCGGCGGAACCUCCCGGCGGACACGAGGUUGACGUUCAAGAACAAUCGGAAGGGAAGGCUAUUGUCAAGAAAGAUGAAAGGAAAACUGCAGGGAAAGGAAUCGACAGCUCAAGUUGUCCGCAAAAGCAGCCUUUGAGUCAGAAGAGUGCCUCCAGCAGGCAAGGUGACAGAAAAGGAGCAAAAAACCCACAAAGGACAGAAACAACAUUGGAAAUAAAAUACCCUUUUGCUUUGUAUGGUUGGGGUGAAAAGCAGACGGACACAGGCAGUCAGAAGACACACAACGUCCGAGCAUCUGCUUCAGUAAAUGAAAUACACGAAUCUGCAUUAAGAGCAAAGAACAGAAGACAAGUGGAAAAAAGGAAGUUACCACAAAGACGGGUACACACAGCAGAAGUAGAAAGAACAUGGACAACCAAGCCUUCAGGUCCAGACAGUCCAUGGGUGACAGAAUACAUGAGGUGUUACUCAGCACGAGCUCGGUGAUUGGAGUUCUAAAUUUUUUUAAAUUCAGAGUGCUUUGAAAACAACUAGGACACCGGUAGAAAACUCCAGACUAUUAUGCAAGGGUUUUCCAUUUUUUAUCAACGGGUUUUUCCAGCAGUUUGUUACAUUUAUUUAUAUUUUAACUACUUAACCUUUGCAGCAGCAGCAGAUCCAUAUUGAUGAGAAUUAUAUUUAACAAUAUAGGUCCCUUACUAGAUUUAUUUAUUUAUUUAUUUUUUAAGGAAAAUGUCAAGAAUUGACCUUCGGAUGAAAAAACUAAAAUUGAGUAAUACAUUUUUAAAUCAAGCAAGUCAAUAUUUUCUUGAAACGGCUUUUUUCUCUAUAGUUACUGAAUUAUACCAAUCUUGUGCCAACAGAAAAGUGGUUGCACUAGAGUUACAUUGAAAGCAUCCAACUUUCAGUGCAAUUAUUGUAAAAAUAAUCAUGAAAACUUGACAGCAAUGGAUUUGUAAAGAUUCUUUCUGGACAAAUGAAGGUCUCAUUAAAUUAUGAUAUGAGCUGAUUGGCAAUAAUUUAUAAAAGGACUGCACACUUUACAAAUUAGCAGGUAAAAAAAUGUUUUGUGGAAGCUGACCAUCGGAUUCCUUAGACAACCCAUUGUUUCCUCACUGGAAUGGCCAAAACAAGAUUUUUGUUUAUCCAGCUUAAUGAAAUCACAAUGUGGACUAAAAGACAUGAGUAUUUGCAGAGGUAUCU